AUGCUUCUCAUCGCUUGUUUUAUUUUGAUACUAACUCAUUUAUCAGAUGCCCGAGAAUUCAAAGGUGAAAGUGAAUCCACGAACGAGAGUCUCAUGAAAAUGGUUGACAACGAAUGGAUGGAUAAAUUCAUUCCCCGACAAUACAAAAAAGAGCAUACACUACCAGGAUCCGAUCAAGAUGUCACAAAAGAUAAUAACUUCGGAUUCAGUGAGCAAGGAAUGAAGGAUUUAGACGAGGUUGGUGGUCUAGUUGGUGGAGGAGAUUCCGACCUUCUUGGCAUCCUUCGUCCUUACUAUUCUAUGGUUGAAAUGACCGCCAACGGAAACAAACAAGGAAUGGGACAGUAUCUUCAUGUACUUCCUGAUUCAUCUGAAGGAGAUACUCCGAUUUAUUCUGUCGGUGGGUCAAUGUACGGAGGAGUUGAACCAGCUGGGGCAAAGUUGGGAUACAUGAACAGACCAUUCGGAAAGAAGAGAUAA